GCACGCGCACGUCACGUGAAUGAGGUCAUCCAGAAACAAAGAUGGCGCCUGUCGGUGAUAUGGAGCAACAAAGUUCAAUUGCGCUUGCAAAGGAACAUACUGCAGCUAUUACACGAGAUUAUAUUUCACAGCCAAGAAUAACUUAUAGAACCGUAUCGGGAGUGAAUGGACCUUUGGUUAUCUUAGAUAAUGUAAAGUUUCCAAAAUUUGCCGAGAUUGUUACACUCACAUUAUCAGAUGGAUCAAAACGAAGUGGUCAAGUUUUGGAAGUCAGUGGAUCAAAGGCUGUUGUUCAGGUGUUUGAGGGGACAUCAGGAAUAGACGCUAAACACACUACAUGUGAAUUCACCGGUGAUAUUUUGAGGACGCCUGUGUCUGAAGAUAUGUUAGGAAGAGUGUUCAAUGGUUCAGGAAAAGCGAUUGAUAGGGGACCUGCUGUAUUAGCUGAAGACUUCUUAGAUAUAAUGGGUCAACCAAUCAACCCAUGGUCCAGGAUUUACCCAGAGGAAAUGAUUCAGACAGGAAUAUCUGCAAUUGAUACAAUGAACAGCAUCGCUCGCGGUCAGAAGAUUCCUAUAUUCUCAGCAGCUGGUCUCCCUCAUAAUGAUAUCGCAGCACAGAUCUGCCGUCAAGCUGGUUUGGUGAAGUUUACCAAGGGUACGAAAGACGACCAUGAAGAUAACUUUGCAACAGUUUUUGCCGCUAUGGGUGUGAACAUGGAAACUGCUAGAUUUUUCAAACAGGAUUUUGAAGAGAAUGGCUCUAUGGACAAUGUUUGCUUGUUCUUAAACCUCGCAAACGACCCAACAAUUGAACGUAUAAUCACGCCACGACUUGCAUUAACAACUGCUGAGUUCCUGGCCUAUCAAUGUGAGAAACACGUCUUGGUCAUUCUCACUGAUAUGAGUUCAUAUGCUGAAGCCUUGCGCGAGGUAUCCGCCGCUCGCGAGGAAGUCCCAGGUCGUCGCGGUUUCCCUGGAUACAUGUACACUGAUUUAGCCACAAUUUACGAGCGAGCUGGUCGGGUUGAAGGUCGCAAUGGUUCCAUCACUCAGAUACCUAUUCUAACUAUGCCUAACGAUGACAUAACCCAUCCAAUUCCCGAUUUAACUGGCUACAUCACAGAGGGACAAAUCUACGUUGAUCGACAGUUACACAACCGUCAGGUGUACCCACCAAUCAACGUUUUACCAUCAUUGUCAAGAUUGAUGAAGUCAGCCAUAGGUCCUGAUAGAACCAGACGUGAUCAUGCCGAUGUCUCGAACCAACUGUACGCCAACUAUGCUAUUGGUAAAGAUGUUCAAGCUAUGAAAGCUGUUGUUGGCGAAGAAGCUUUGACAGCGGAGGAUCUUCUUUAUCUCGAAUUCUUGUCGAAGUUUGAGAAGAAUUUCAUCAGUCAAGGAACUUACGAAAAUCGCUCCGUGUUUGAAUCUUUGAACAUUGGCUGGUCGUUGCUUCGUAUCUUUCCCAAAGAGAUGCUGAAGAGAAUUCCGCAAGAUGUUUUAGCAGAGUACUACCCGAGAGACUCGGCCGCAACCAAGAAUGCGGGGGAAUAAAACCUAGUUUUAUUUGCGGAUGAAGGCAUGUUCUCACCCCUGGCUUGGUCUGCAUGAUAUUGCGACAAUUAAAACGUGUAAAAACGAAAACAAUUAAUCGGCGAAUUAAUAAAGUAAUUAUAAAUACUAAAUUGCUACAAUAAAAAAUGGAAUUCACGGAUUGUAGUCAUAACAUGAAGUAUUAAUAAAAUUUUAUAAAUACUAAGUGUUGUAAGCUUUUGGAAAGUUUGCUG